GGGUGCGCCCGCCCCGCCCAGCCUGUGACGCCACGUGCAUGUGGGCGGAGCCCUAGGGAAUCGUGGGGUCGUAUCCAGCUGGUGGAGGUUGGGGUGGCGCCGGCCGGGGCUGGGGAACCCGAAAGACCGGCUGCCGCCUGCUCCCCGGAAAAGGGCACUCGUCUCCGUGGGUGUGGCCGAGCGCGCGUUGCAGGCAGCUGCAGCACGGUCCUUGGCAGACAAGGAUGAGAAAAAUAUCCAACCACGGGAGCCUGCGGGUGGCGAAGGUGGCAUACCCCCUGGGGCUGUGUGUGGGCCUGUUCAUCUAUGUUGCCUACAUCAAGUGGCACCGGGCCACCGCCACCCAGGCCUUCUUCAGCAUCACCAGGGCAGCCCCGGGGACCCGGUGGGGUCAGCAGGCCCACAGUCCCCAGGGGACAGCUGCAGACGGGCACGAGGUCUUCUACGGGAUCAUGUUUGAUGCAGGAAGCACUGGCACCCGAGUACACGUCUUCCAGUUCGCCCGGCCCCCCAGAGAAACUCCCACCUUGACCCAUGAAACCUUCAAAGCACUGAAGCCAGGUCUUUCUGCCUAUGCUGAUGAUGUUGAAAAGAGCGCUCAGGGAAUCCAGGAACUACUGGAUGUUGCUAAACAGGACAUUCCAUUCGACUUCUGGAAGGCCACCCCUCUGGUCCUUAAGGCCACAGCUGGCUUACGCCUGUUACCUGGAGAGAAGGCCCAGAAGUUACUACAGAAGGUGAAAGAAGUGUUUAAAGCAUCGCCUUUCCUUGUAGGGGAUGACUGUGUUUCCAUCAUGAACGGAACAGAUGAAGGCGUUUCGGCGUGGAUCACUGUCAACUUCCUGACAGGCAGCUUGAAAACUCCAGGAGGGAGCAGCGUGGGCAUGCUGGACUUGGGUGGAGGAUCCACUCAGAUUGCCUUCCUGCCACGCGUAGAGGGCACCCUGCAGGCCUCCCCACCCGGCUACCUGACGGCACUGCGGAUGUUUAACAGGACCUACAAGCUCUAUUCCUACAGCUACCUCGGGCUCGGGCUGAUGUCGGCACGCCUGGCGAUCCUGGGCGGCGUGGAGGGGCAGCCUGGCACCUGGCCAGGCCGAGGCAUGCGAAUGGAGGGCUGUGCUGCAGAUCUUGUUGGUGGCAACCUGAUGGGGCAGGAACCCAGGGUGGUGUUGUACCCGUCCACGUUCCAAGCUAAGGAUGGAAAGGAGUUGGUCAGCCCUUGCUUGUCUCCCAGUUUCAAAGGAGAGUGGGAACACGCAGAAGUCACAUACAGGGUUUCGGGGCAGAAAGCAGUGGCAAGCCUGCACGAGCUGUGUGCUGCCAGAGUGUCAGAGGUCCUUCGAAACAGAGUGCACAGGACGGAGGAAGUGAAGCAUGUGGACUUCUAUGCUUUCUCCUACUAUUACGACCUUGCAGCUGGUGUGGGCCUCAUAGAUGCGGAGAAGGGAGGCAGCCUGGUGGUGGGGGACUUUGAGAUCGCAGCCAAGUACGUGUGUCGGACCCUGGAGACACAGCCACAGAGCAGCCCCUUUGCGUGCAUGGACCUCACCUACGUCAGCCUGCUACUCCAGGAGUUCGGCUUUCCCAGGAGCAAAGUGCUGAAGCUCACUCGGAAAAUUGACAAUGUUGAGACCAGCUGGGCUCUGGGGGCCAUUUUUCAUUACAUCGACUCCCUGAACAGACAGAAGAGUCCAGCCUCAUAGCGGCCGAACCACCCCUGUCCCCGUCAGCAGUGUCUGCAUAAAUCCUCCUGUCCUGGACGUGACUUCAUCCUGAGGAGCCACAGUACAGGCCGUGGUGGCACUUUCUGCACACUGACUCUGGGACUUGCAGAAGGCCUGGUGCUGCCCUGGCAUCAUUCUCUUCCAGUAACAUCUGGCCAGAGGGCUGUCUGGACCUGGGCCCUGCCCAAUGCCCCCUGCCUGCCUGGGCUCCAAGUGGGCAGGACCAGGACAGAACCACAGGCACACACUGAGGGGCAGCAUGGUUCCCUGCCUACCCCAUCCCUGCGCCCCGUCCGCGGGGCUGUGGCUGCUGCCGUGCGUGUCCCUGCGAUGGGAGUCUUGCCUCCCAACCUGUCAGUUUCCUCCCCAGGGCAGAUCUCCCCUUCCUGCGAGUCUGGGAGGUGGUGCAGGCUGUCCUGGCUGCUCUGGGGAAGCCGAGGGACAGCCAUCACACCCCUGAGACAGUGGGUCUGGGCGGCAACACUGGCAACUCUGGACUUGAGCAUGUUUGCCUCUUCCUUGGGUAUGAAUGUGUGAGUUCACCCAGAGGCCUGCUCUCCUCACACCCUGUGUGGUUUGGGGUUAAUGAUGGAGGGAGACACCUCCUCACGGAUGGCAAGUGUCCACUCUUCAGGGAAUCUCCCAGCAUGGGCGAUGCCAGGCGUGAGCUGCUGUAAACAAUUUGUGGCUGUGCUGCUUGAGUGACGUCUCUGUCGUGUGGGUGCCAAGUGCUUGUGUAGAAACUGUGUUCUGAGCCCCCUUUUCUGGACACCGACUGUGUCCUGUGAAUGUAUUGCUACUGUGAACCGUUGCCGCCUAGCCAGGGCCAUGUCUUAGAUGCACCUGUGCCGUGGGUCGACUGAGCCACAGUCCCAGAACCAAGCUCUCGGUGUCUCGGGCCACAAUCCAUCCACCUCAGGCUGACCCCACCUCCUCCAUGGACAGUGUGAGCCCCGAGCCAUGCGUCCUGCUCAGUGUGGCAUGGGUGCCCAGGGCCGAGCCCGCCCCGCUGCUUCAGUGAAUGUACAGUGCCCGGCACGAGCUGAACCUCAUGUGUUCCACUCCCAAUAAAAGGUUGACAGGGGCUUCCCCUCCUCUGG